AUGUCCCGCCUUCGCUCACCCUCGCGUCCCUCAGCGUCCGAGUCCCUCUUCGUGCUUGCGGACCUACAGGAGUUCGGCAUCCCUGGCCAGCAGAUGCCGCUGCCCUCUGCGGCAGCUCUCGCUAGCCUCGCGGACGCGGCGACAUGGAGCCCGCCGGCAUCAAGCUCCAGGAGGCUGUCCGACACGUCGAUGGUUCUUCCAUCUAUGGACGAGGAGACGUAUCUGGACUUCACCCCGGGGACGACGCCUGUCACUCCUGUGCGUCCCCCACCUCCCAGCCUUCCCCUGCCAAGUCCUCCCCAGCAGCGGCUGGAGCUGCCUGACCCGAGGCGGGCAGGUUCACUCGGGACCCUCUCUGCUCUGCCCGCCCGUUCCUCCGAACACCUCCCUCUCAAAAGCCUCCCUAUUCCCCGUCCGAGGCGUAUGGAAUCUAUGGACUCCGUUUCUUCCUCGCGGAGUAGGCAUGGCGCGAGGUCGGCCCCGUCCCCUCCUCCUGAUUACGGCGUUGCCCCCGACUCCCGUCCGUUCAGCGUCAUGUCCCAGUCCACGGAGCAAGACCUGCUGGCUAUCGCGGAGAUGCUGUCACCCGCGGUCGACGUCAGCACGAUGGAAAUGGAACCCAUCCCUGAGGGUCCUUCGGAAGAGCUCGAUUCGUUUGACGACAUGUUCGCAGACGAGAUCACCGCGUCUCGCGCUAUUCGCGACUCUUUCGGGACUGUUCCCUCUGACUACUCUCAGCGGUCGUCGCAUCGCGACUCGAGGACCUCGAACCUCUCCGUGUCGGUGUACUCCGACUCGGACGGUGGGUCGUACAUGGGCGACGAGUUCCCCGACCCCGCGCUGCUGUCCCCUCCCUCGCAUCGCGGGAACCGUGGCUUCCAGCUCCACCGCGGGUCGCUUAUCCCGCCGCCAUUGGACGAUUCGCGCUCCUUAUCUUCGUCGACUUCGUACAGUUCCCUUCGCACGCCCAGCCUCAGCCGCACAUCUUCCCUCGCUUACCUCGCGUCGCCACCCGUCAGUCCCACAUCACCCCACGCUCCAAGCGACACCGCCGGCCCUUCCUCACCGUCCGUGUCGAACCCGAACGCGAAGCUGCUCGGCAUCAUUGAGGAAUCGCUGCAUGCCGAAGAGGCCGGGGGCGAGCAUUACCACUCCCGCAACACAUCUGAGGCUACGGAGACGUUCAUCCUCGAGGACUAUCUGAACGAUGAAGAGACUCCUCAGCGGCAAGAGUUCCCUUCACGCAGCGCCCACGCCUAUGCGAACCAUGACGAGGAACGUCAGCCGUCCAGGAGCGAGUCGAGACAGGGCGCUAUGCGUAGCCCGUCAGGGUCUCAUCACAAGGGUGAACCCUACAGUCCGCUCUGGAGCCCUGCGAUGUCACGCAGCGAGUCGAGGACCGAUUCGUAUCGCACGGCUUCUCGAAGUCCUCAGCCAGCCCGCAGACCGCCCGCUCUGCACCUUCAGAUCUCUGGUCCGGCAGCCUCGCCUGCAUCCGCGCCGCCAGCCGAGUUGGCCGCGACUUCGCCAUUCGGUGCUCAGCCCUUCCGUCCGCAGAGGCGGUCCACUCAAGCUCUCCCGCCCCAGCCGCGUCUGCCUCUGGCCGCCCAGCUGGGCCAGGCCUCGCCUGUCGUGGACGAGCGCCGCGACAGCGCGCCGUACGCACGCGAGAUGCAGUCGCCGUUUGGGAACCUUCGUUCGCCCCCGCUGAGCUCGCCCUACUCGUCUGGUUCGCGCGAGCCGUACACUCCCCACACGCCCAGGUUCGCGUCUCCGUCGGACUACUCGCCGGAUGCCACUUCUCCUCCUCCGCUCUUCGCCGACAGGCCUUCUUCGUCCUUGGCGAACGGCGUCCUGCAUCAGCCCGCCAGGCCCGAGAUCAAGAAGGCGAAGUCGUCGUCGAACUUACCGCCAGUCCCGCUCUCGCCCGUGAUGUCGGUCGACUCGGACGUGUCCUCGAACGACAAGCGCAGCGUCAAGUCCGGCAUCGGGAAGCUGUUCGGGAAGAACGGCAGCAGCACGGGGAGCGACAAGAGCCUCAAGGAGGCGAAGAAGAGCAAGGACCCGUCCGCCCGGUACUCGAGCACGUCGUCCUCGGACUCCAAUGUCACUCUCGCCGACCCAAAGGCGGAGGCGAAGCGCCUCAAGAAGGAGGCCGCGAAGGCACGCACGGAGCGCCUCGCGCAGGACCUCGCGGACAAGGCGAAGCGGCGCGCGGAGGAGGCCAAGACGGCGAAGGCCAAUUACGUCAAGCAGAAGUCGCAGCGCCCCUGGGAGGAGAGCGGCGGCUUGUACGAGGGCAUCUCCUACUUCUGA